AUGAAUUACCAACCUUCAUCUGAGAGCAUAAAGCUCACCUUCGUCAUACUUGUAGCAGUUUCAUUUUUUGCCUCUAUGACCUUUCUGCUAGUAAUCACCUUUGUCCCCUCUAAUGUUAAGUUCCACAUAACUCAGGCUUCUCUCACAAAGUUCAACCUCACAAGCAACAACAAAUUAGAUUACAAGUUAGAAGCUAACAUCACAUCAAGAAAUCCAAACAAAAACGUUGAAAUAUACUACAUGACGAUCACCGCAAUUGCGCGGUACAAAGAUAAUGAGUUUGCUAGGAUGAAUCUGUCAUCUUUUGAUCAAGGCCACAAGAAUACCAGUUUUCUGCAUGUAGUGUUUCAAGGGAAGGGUUUGAUCAAACUCAAACCUAAACAACUUUUCGAGUAUAAUGAAGAGACGCGUGUAGGGAUCUAUAAUGACUUGGCUGUUGAUUUGGAUCUUUUAAUCAGGUAUAAGUUUAGAACUCACACGACUUGGCCCUACAAUCCGCCAAUGGUGAAAUGUCGUCGAUUGAGUCUUUCUUUGAUUUCUAAUGAUAACUCAACAUCACCAUCUUCUUUUCAUGUUACUAGAUGCAAAACUGGAUGUUUCUUUGUUAAUGGUUAA